UACCUACCUAAUCACACACACCAUCUUGUGCAAAGCAUUUUUAUUGAUUAGCCAUGGAGUCCUACUAUUCUUCCAAGCUAGCCUGGUCCUUGGUCCUCGCCUUCGCCAUGGCAGCCGCCAACAGCUCGCCGUGCGCGGCCCAGAACGCCCCGGCGGACUUCGUGAGCCUCCACAACACUGCGCGCCUGGUCGUCGGCGCCGGGCCGGUGACGUGGGACACCACGGUGGCGGCAUACGCGCAGAGCUACGCCAACUCGCGCAAAGCCAGCUGCAACCUGGCGCACUCCAACGGGACGUACGGGGAGAACCUCUUCUGGGGCUCCGGCACCACCUGGACGGCGUCGAGCGCCGUGACCAUGUGGACCGACGAGAAGCAGUACUAUAACUAUGCCACCAACACCUGCGCGUUGGGGAAGGUUUGCGGCCACUACACGCAGGUGGUUUGGAGCUCCUCCACGUCCAUCGGCUGCGCGCGCGUCGUCUGCGACAACAACGCCGGUGUGUUCAUCAUAUGCAACUACAGCCCACGGGGCAAUAUCGGCGGACAGAGACCCUACUAGUAGCUAUAUAUAUAUGUCUUGAUUUCUUCAAGCAUGCAUGUUGUUUGACAAACAUAAUGGGGUAACGCAUGCUCAUGAACAGUAUAUGACGAUUCAUGCAUGUAACAGUAUGCCCCAUGGAAUAAGCUGUGGUAUACUAUUAUUGUUCUUAUAUAUAAUCCGAUAUUGAAGUAAUAAUAUGAUGCUUGUUGUAUUGUAUCGUAA